AAAAAAAACAGGGCAAAGGAAGAAGAAGACAGAGCUGAUCCAAUGCAUAGAAGACUAUCUUCGUCUGCUCUUACCACCAUCGCAUCCCGACAUCAUUACCAUUCAUCUCAAUCCGUCAAACCCACAACAAGUCACAAGCCCACCAGGAAGCCAUGGGAGGAAGUACCGUUUCUCACCGAUCUCAAACAAACCGAAGAAACAGAAGAAGCUCUGUCUCUCUUCCACCACUACCAGCAAAUGGGUUUCCGACACGACUACCCAUCUUACUCUUCACUCAUCUACAAGCUCGCCAAGUCCCGUGACUUCGACUCCGUCGAGCAAAUCCUCCUCCUUGUCCGCAACCGAAACGUCAGAUGCAGAGAAUCCCUCUUCAUGGGGUUGAUCCAGCACUACGGAAAAUCCAAUUCGGUCGAUAAAGCCGUCGAUGUUUUCAAUAAAAUGACGUCGUUUGAUUGUGUUCGUACGAUCCAAUCUCUCAACACUCUCAUCAACGUUCUGGUAGAUAAUCGCGAGCUGGAGAAAGCUAAAGCCUUUGUCGACGGAGCUAAAGAUAUGGGUUUGCGUCCCAACUCUGUUUCAUUCAAUGUACUCAUCAAAGGGUUUUUAGAGAGAUGUGAUUGGGAAGGUGCACGCGAGGUGUUCGACGAAAUGCUUGAGAGAGAAGUGCAACCCACUGUGGUGACUUAUAAUAGUCUGAUUGGAUUCUUGUGCCGGAAUGACGAUGUGGGUAAGGCGAAAAGCUUGCUUGAAGAUAUGAUGGUGAAAAGGAUACGACCGAAUCAUGUGACGUUUGGGUUGUUGAUGAAGGGUUUAUGUAGUAAGGGAGAGUACAGUGAAGCGAAGAAGCUGAUGUUCGAUAUGGAGUAUCGUGGGUGUAAACCAGGGUUAGUCAACUACGGGGUUUUGAUGAGUGAUCUUGGUAAGAGAGGGAAGAUCGAUGAGGCGAAGAUUCUACUUGGUGAGAUGAAGAAGAGGAGGAUAAAACCAGAUGUUGUGAUCUACAACAUUCUUGUUAAUCAUCUCUGUAGUGAAGGUAGAGCUCCUGAGGCUUAUAGAAUGCUGAUGGAAAUGCAGAUGAAAGGUUGUAAGCCAAAUGCAGCUACGUACCGUAUGAUGGUUGAUGGGUUUUGUCGUACUGGGGAUUUUGAUUCAGCGUUGAGUAUUUUGAAUGCAAUGCUUGCGAGCAGACACUCUCCCACACCUGCAACGUUUGUGUGUUUGGUUGAUGGGCUGAUAAAAGGAGGUAACUUGGACCAUGCUUGCUUUGUGUUGGAGGUGAUGGCGAAGAAAAAUUUAAGCUUUGGAUCUGGUGCUUGGCGAAAUCUACUUAGUGAUAUCUGCAUCAAGGAUGGAGAAGGUUGUUGUGAGGCUUUGUCAGAAGUGAUUUCUACCUAAGCAGUGAGUGAUCUCUUAAGGGCUGCAGGAUACUCUUUCUCCUUGUUUUACCUCUUGUUAUCACUUAUGUCUCAGCUGCUCGGCUUCUUACUGAAGAAGAAGAUAUUGGCUUGGUCCCCACAAGUCCUGGUCCAUUACCAACGUCUGGUUCAGGCCCCUUC